AUGGAAACACUUGGAGACGCGUCAAAGCGCAAUUUGGCACGGGACCGGGCCAUGAUAAAUAGGAAGUUCCUGCCUGCAGCAUCACAACCUGAAGGGACUUUACAGAGAGCUGACCAGCCCGCAGAGACCAUAGAAGAGAUCAUGGACACUAACGCAGCCAACAGUGGAUUACAGACUCUUUUUUCUGGACACAGUUCUGCCCAACAGUCUAGUCUGUGGAGACCGUGGACUGGAAAUGAGAGCAAAACUGCCGCUGUGACGGCUCAUCCUUUGCGAGAGGAGGUUUCCAAUACGCAACAAUGCAAAACUCCACAAGUCGUCCAUCCAGUGAAGUUAUACUGGCCGAAAUCGAGGUGCUUCGAUUAUCUGUACCGAGACGCAGAAAUGCUGCUCCGCAACUACCCGGUCCAAGCGACCAUCUCCCCCUAUGAAGACUCGAGCAGCGACGAGGAGGGCGACGAUGAAGACGAGGAUAUGGAAAAACAGCUCAACUAA